CGCAGCCAAAGCAAAUUCCCCGCAACGAAGAGACCGCGCCCCAACGAAACAGAAACAGAGAACAGGGGAAAGCAAAAGAGCGAAAAAAUUUCCGAAAAAAACAGAGAACAAAACCUCCGAAGCAUCCCUUCCUCUUCCCUCGUCUUGAUAAACCCUAGCCUCCUUUCCGGGGCUAGGUUUCACUUCCUGCCAGGCCAGCAUGGCUCCCAUCCUCAACUACGAGCAGCACGCCCAGCGCCUCGUCGACCCCGACCUCCCGGUGAAGCUUCGGCUGCAGAUGGUGAUGGAGGUGCGGGAUAGCCUCGAGAUCGCCCACACGUCGGAGUACCUCAACUUCCUCAAGUGCUACUUCCAGGCCUUCUCGGUGAUCCUGAACCGCCUGACGACCCCCCAGUUCACGGAAAGCGCCGAGCACAAGCUUCGCAACGUGGUGGUGGAGAUCCUGAAUCGCCUUCCCCACAGCGAGGUCCUCCGUCCCUUCGUCCAGGACCUCCUCAAGCUCUCCCUCCUGGUCCUCACCCAAGACAACGAGGACAACGCCCUCAUCUCCAUCCGCAUCAUCUUCGACCUCCUCCGCAACUUCCGCCCCACCGUCGAGGCCGAGGUCCAGCCCUUCCUCGACUUCGUCGGCGCCAUCUACCGCAACUUCCCCUCCACGGUGUCUCACUUCUUCGACGACAGCAGCAGCAAGAACCCUCCUCCUGCCCCUUCCCCCUCUUCUUCUUCUUCUGCCACCGUCGCUGCCGCACCUGCUUCAUCGUCCGCCGCCGCGGCCGGCGAUGGUGGCCUGGACGGGGCACCGGGAAAUGGCGGCGGGGGGCCGGGGGUGGUGCCCUAUGUCGGGGCCGGGCAACUCAACCCGAGCACGCACUCGUUCAAGAUCGUCACCGAGAGCCCCCUCGUCGUGAUGUUCCUCUUCCAGCUCUACACAAAGCUUGUGCAGACCAAUAUUCCCUAUCUCCUUCCCCUCAUGGUCACCGCCAUCUCUAUCCCCGGGCCCGACAAGGUCCCUUCCCACCUCAAGACCCAAUUUGUGGAGUUAAAGGGUGCGCAAGUUAAGACGCUCUCUUUCCUUACUUAUCUGCUCAAGAGUCACGCCGAGUAUUUUAGGGCUCAUGAGGAGAACAUGUGCAAGAGCAUUGUUAAUUUGUUUGUUACCUGUCCUGACUCGGUUUCAAUUAGGAAGGAGCUGAUACUAGCCAUGAAGCAUGUUCUUGGCUCGGAAUUCAGACGAGGGCUAUUUCCUCUUAUUGACACGCUUUUGGAUGAGAGGGUUCUAAUUGGGACUGGCCGAGUUUGUAUUGAGUCAUUAAGACCGCUGGCUUAUACCAUGCUUGCAGAGAUGGUGCAUUAUGUUCGAGGGGAUCUUUCACUUCCUCAGAUGUCUCGUAUCACAUAUAUGUUCUCAAGAAAUAUGCAUGAUUCAUCCUUAACCCUUGCCAUUCAGACAACUUCUGCCCGCCUGUUGCUUAAUCUGGUUGAGCCAAUAUACGAGAAAGGUGUUGACCAACCAAGCAUGGAUGAAGCACGAGUUUUGUUGGGGUGCAUUCUGGAUACUUUUGUGGGAAAGUUCGGGACCUUGAAGCGCAUUGUACCUCAGCUGCUGGAAGAAGGUGAGGAAGGUAAAGAACGAUCCAAUUUGAGGUUGAAACUUGAAGUUCCUAUGCAGGCUGUUCUCAAUUUGCAGGCCCCUUUGGACUAUUCUAAGGAAGUCAGUGAUUACAAAAAUCUCAUUAAGAGCUUGGUGAUGGGAAUGAAGACCAUAAUUUGGAGCAUCACUAAUGCUCAUAUGCCACGUUCACAGGUUUCACCAUCAUCACAUGGCACACAGCAGCAAGUGCAGGUCUCCCCUUCCACUAAUGUGCCACCUUCACAUAUGUUUAAGGGGAUGAGGGAAGAUGAGGUUUGCAAAGCCUCGGGUAUUCUGAAGAGUGGUGUUAUCUGCUUAUCUCUUUAUAAAGAUAAGGAGGAGGAAAGGGAAAUGUUGCAGUACUUUUCACAGAUUUUAGUUGUACUGGAACCCCGAGACCUCAUGGACAUGUUUUCAUUAUGUUUGCCGGAACUCUUUGAGUGCAUGAUAACAAACACUCAGUUGCUCCAGAUAUUUUCCACCCUUCUACAAGCUUCUAAGGUCAUCCGACCCUUCACAGAUGUUUUGAUCAAUUUUCUUGUCAGCAGUGAACUUGAUGCUCUUAAACAUCCAGAUACUCCUGCAGCAAAACUUGUUUUGCAACUUUUUCGAUUUUUAUUUAUUGCUGCUGCCAAGUUUCCGACAGAAUGUGAACGCAUACUGCAGCCUCACAUUCCUGUGAUAAUAGAAGUUUGCAUGAAGAAUGCUACUGAAGUUGGAAAGCCCCUUGGUUAUAUGCACCUUCUUCGUAGUAUGUUCCGAUCAGUGAGUGGUGGAAAGUUUGAUAGCCUGUUAAGAGAUCUUAUACCAUCAUUGCAACCUUGUCUUAACAUGUUGCUAUCAAUGCUCGAAGGGCCCACUGGUGAAGAUAUGAGGGACCUUGUUCUGGAGCUUUGUUUGACAUUACCUGCUCGCUUAAGUUCCUUACUUCCUCACAUUCCUCGUCUUAUGAAGCCUCUGGUUUUAGCUCUUAAGGGAAGUGAUGACCUUGUGAGUUUAGGUCUUAGGACACUUGAGUUCUGGAUUGAUAGUCUGAAUCCUGAUUUCUUGGAGCCUAGUAUGGCAAAUGUCAUGCCUGAGGUCAUUCAUGCUUUAUGGUCUCACUUGAGGCCCCUGCCAUACCCAUGGGGUACAAGAGCUUUGCAACUGCUAGGUAAGUUAGGUGGCCGUAAUAGACGCUUUCUCAAAGAACCCCUCACAAUUGAGUGCAAAGAGAAUCCUGAACACGGACUUCGUUUGAUUCUUACAUUUGAGCCUUCCACCCCAUUUUUAGUACCCCUGGAUCGUUGCAUACACCUUGCUGUAGCUGCAGUUAUGCAAAAUAAUGGUGGCAUGGAUGCUUUUUACAGGAAACAGGCUCUUAAAUUUCUUCGAGUAUGCUUAACAUCAUUGUUGAAUUUGCGGGGAAAUGUAACAGUUGAGGGAAUGGUCCCUCAUAAUCUGGGAACGUUGUUAAUUUCUUCUGUGGAUCCUUCAAGACGCCAUACAGAAACCUCAGAUAUGAAGGUUGAUUUGGGUGUGAAGACAAAAACUCAACUAAUGGCUGAGAAAUCUGUUUUCAAGACUCUCUUGAUGACCGCUGUCGCAGCCAGUGCAGAUCUUGAACUGCAAGACUCAAAUGAUGAGUUUGUUGUGAAUGUCUGUCGUCAUUUUGCGAUGCUUUUCCAUGUUGAAUAUUCUUCAGCUAAUUCUUCUCUCACAGUAGGGCAUCAUGUUGGUUCUGUGCUCUCAUCAAGCAGUAGCAUGAGUUCCAGAUCAAGGGGUGGUACUUCCUCUAAUCUGAAGGAGUUGGAUCCUCUAAUUUUCUUGGAUGCUUUAGUAGAUGUACUUGCCAGUGAUAACCGGCUCCAUGCUAAGGCUGCUCUUACUGCUUUGAAUGUGUUUGCUGAAACACUUAUUUUUCUUGCACGAGCAAAGCAUGCUGGUGCACUGAGUUCAAGGGGUGGUCCUGGGACGCCGAUGAUGGUUUCAAGUCCAUCACUGAAUCCUGUAUAUUCACCACCCCCAAGUGUCCGAGUUCCUGUAUUUGAACAACUUUUGCUUCGUCUUAUCCAUUGUUGUUAUGGAAGUACUUGGCAAGCUCAAAUUGGAGGUGUAAUGGGGCUUGGGGCUUUAGUUGGCAAAGUCUCUGUUGAGACUUUAUGCAUUUUCCAAGUGAGAAUAGUGCGCAGUCUUAUAUAUGUUCUCAAAAGACUACCGAUGCAUGCUAAUAAAGAGCAGGAAGAGACAAGUCAGGUCCUUUCUCAGGUUCUUCGUGUAGUAAAUAAUGUGGAUGAAGCAAACAGUGAAGCUCGCAGAAAUAGUUUUCAGGGAGUUGUCGAAUUUUUUGCUAUGGAGCUUUUUAACCCAAAUGCAUCUAUCAUUGUAAGAAAGAAUGUGCAAUCAUGCUUGGCACUUCUAGCUAGCAGGACUGGUAGUGAGGUGUCUGAGUUGCUUGAACCUCUUUAUCAACCUAUGUUUCAGCCUCUCAUAAUGCGGCCACUACGGUUGAAGAAUGUCGAGCAACAAGUUGGUACAGUAACAGCUUUGAACUUUUGCCUUGCAUUGAGGCCACCUCUUCUCAAGUUGACUCCAGAGCUAGUCAAUUUCUUGCAAGAGGCACUACAAAUUGCUGAGGCUGAUGAAACUGUAUGGAUGACAAAAUUAAUGAUUCCCAAAGUGGUGACUACAUUUAACAAACUUCGGACUGUGUGCAUUGAACUGCUUUGUACUGCAAUGGCUUGGGCUGAUCUGAAGACACCAAAUUAUGCUGAAUUGCGUGCGAAGAUCAUUGCAAUGUUUUUUAAGUCUCUUACUUGUCAGACCCCGGAGAUUGUUGUUGUUGCAAAGGAAGGACUUCGUCAGGUUAUUCAGCAACAGAGAAUGCCAAAAGAACUUUUGCAGAGCAGCCUGAGGCCUAUCUUGGUUAACUUAGCACAUCCAAAAAGUCUUACCAUGCCUUUGCUACAAGGUUUGGCUCGUCUGCUUGAACUUUUAUCCAAUUGGUUUAAUGUCACUUUGGGAGUCAAGUUAUUGGAUCACUUGAAGAAAUGGCUAGAUCCUGAGAAACUUGUACAAAGUUCAAAGGCCUGGAAGAGUGGAGAUGAGCCGAAGGUUGCAGCAGCCAUGAUUGAACUUUUCCAUCUGCUCCCUCCGGCAGCUGGGAGGUUCCUGGAUGAACUUGUUACUAUUAUAAUUGAUCUGGAAGGGGCACUUCCCCAGGGACAGUUUUAUAGUGAAAUCAACAGUCCUUAUCGUCUUCCGCUUACCAAAUUUUUAAAUCGUUAUGCCACAGAUGCUAUAGACUAUUUUCUUGCUCGAUUAGGUCAUCCAAAAUAUUUCAGACGGUUUAUGUAUAUAAUCUGCUCGGAUGCUGGCCAGCCUUUAAGAGAAGAACUUGCUAAGUCACCGCAAAAAAUACUCGCCAGUGCUUUUCCACAAUUUUACCCACAGGCUGAAGGAUCCAUGGCACAACUUGGCUCUUCAAAUGAUGAAGGCCUUAUCAAUCCCAUCUCAGACAAUUUUGCUGGUCCACCUUCAGUAAACUUGGGUGCAUGUUCAGAUGGUUACUUUAAUGGACUGGAGCUUAUCUUUACUUUAGUUAAGUUAAUGCCUGAAUGGCUGCAUGGUAAUCGUGUUGUAUUUGAUACAUUAUUACUUGUUUGGAAAUCACCAGCAAGGAUUGCUCGUUUACAAAAUGAACAGGAAUUAAGUUUACUACAGGUGAAGGAAAGUAAGCAGCUUGUCAAAUGCUUCCUUAAUUAUUUAAGGCAUGAUAGAUCUGAAGUUGGUGCCCUUUUUGACAUGCUAUCAAUAUUCUUGUUCCACAGUCGUAUUGACUAUACUUUUCUGAAGGAAUUUUACGUCAUUGAGGUUGCUGAAGGAUAUGCUCCUAACUUAAAGAAAACAAUUCUCUUGCACUUCUUGAAUAUCUUUCAGUCCAAACAAUAUGGACAAGAUCACUUGGUUGCGGCUAUGCAAAUGCUCAUUCUUCCAAUGUUAGCACACUCUUUUCAAAAUGGCCAAAGUUGGGAAGUUGUUGAUCCUGCUGUAAUAAAAACAAUUGUUGAGAAACUUCUUGAUCCUCCUGAAGAGGUGACUUCUGAGUACGAUGAGCCUCUGAGGAUUGAACUUUUACAGCUUGCUACAUUACUUUUGAAGUAUCUACAAAGUGAUCUUGUUCAUCAUCGCAAGGAGCUUAUUAAAUUUGGUUGGAAUCAUCUCAAGCGUGAAGAUAAUUCUAGCAAACAGUGGGCUUUUGUCAAUGUUUGUCAUUUCUUAGAAGCCUAUCAAGCACCCGAAAAGAUUAUCCUCCAGGUAUUUAUUGCUCUGUUGAGAACUUGCCAACCAGAAAAUAAGUUGCUGGUUAAACAGGCUCUUGAUAUUCUAAUGCCCGCACUUCCUCGAAGACUACCUCCUGGAGAAAGUCGUGUGCCCAUAUGGAUUCGUUAUACCAAGAAAAUUCUCGUUGAGGAAGGCCAUUCAAUUCCUAAUAUGAUUCAUAUUUUUCAGCUUAUUGUACGUCAUUCAGACCUUUUCUAUAGCUGCAGAGCACAAUUUGUUCCUCAGAUGGUAAAUUCUCUCAGCCGAUUAGGAUUGCCGUACAACACGUCUCCUGAAAAUAGACGCCUCGCCAUUGAACUUGCUGGAUUAGUUGUUGCCUGGGAAAGACAGAGACAAAAUGAAAUGAAAAUUAUAUCAGAUGCUGAGGGCCAUAAUCAGAUGGACCUGUUUAAUCCUAGUUCGGUUGGUGGUGAUUCAAAGCGCCAACCAGAUGCCUCUGCAUUUCCUGAUGACCUGAGUAAACGUGUGAAGGUCGAACCUGGGCUGCAGUCUCUUUGUGUUAUGUCACCUGGUGGGGCAUCUAUCCCCAAUAUUGAAACUCCUGGAUCUGUUGGGCAACCUGAUGAGGAGUAUAAACCUAAUGCUGCAAUGGAAGAGAUGAUUAUCACAUUCCUCGUUAGGGUUGCAUUGGUGAUCGAACCUAAAGAUAAGGAAGCUACCUCUAUGUAUAAGCAAGCUUUGGAGCUGCUUACGCAAGCUUUAGAGGUCUGGCCAAAUGCCAAUGUUAAGUUCAAUUAUCUAGAGAAGCUUUUUGGGAAUCUUCUACCUUCUCAGUCAAAAGACCCAGCAACAGCUCUUGCACAGGGCCUUGAUGUCAUGAACAAGGUCUUGGAAAAGCAGCCCCAGCUGUUUAUCAGGAACAACAUCAAUCAUAUCUCUCAAAUACUGGAGCCCUGUUUCAACAGUAGAAUGUUGGAUGCUGGAAAGUCACUCUGCUCCUUAUUGAAAAUGGUUUUCACUGCUUUCCCUCUUGAAGCAGCUGGUACACAACACGAUGUGAAAAUAUUGUAUCAAAGAGUUAGAGAGCUCAUACAAAAACAUCUUGCUGCUGUGACAGCUCCUCAGAUAUCUCUUGAAAGUAGCAAUGCAAACUCAAUGAUAAGCUUUGCACUUGCUAUCAUUAAAACCUUGACAGAAGUUCAGAAAAAAAUUAUUGAUCUAUUCAUUGUCUUGUUGCUUCGUGUCCUUCAACGACUCGCACGAGACAUGGGAUCAUCUGCUGGUUCCCAUGUCAGACAAGGACACAGGACAGACAUGGAUUCAUCACUAAAUUCACUAGCAAUCCCUGACUCUGCUUUGGUCAUCUCUAAUAUGAAAUCCAUUCUACAGCUUAUUAGCGAAAGGGUCAUGCAGACACCUGACUGCAAACGAUUAAUGGGUCAAAUACUGCAUGCACUGCUUUCAGAAAAAGGUACAGAUCCCAGUGUGCUCUUGUGCAUCCUUGAUGCAAUAAAGGUUUGGAUUGAGGAUGACCAUAUGCAUGCUUCAUCUGGUGCUUCAAGUGCUGCUCUUACACAGAAGGAGACAGUUUCCUAUAUGCAGAAGCUUUCUUUAGUUGACAGGAAGAACUUCUCCCCUGCCACACUAGAAGAAUGGGAUAAGAAAUUUUUACCACUUCUUUAUGGGCUAUGUGCAGAUUUAAACAAAUACCCGUUGCCCCUUCGCCAAGAAGUGUUCCAAAAGGUAGAAAGACAAUUCAUGCUUGGAUUAAGAGCAAAAGAUCCAGAGAUUAGACAACGGUUCUUCUUGCUAUAUCAUGAGUCCCUUGGGAAAACACUAUAUGUGCGUCUCCAAUUCAUCAUCCAAAUUCAAGAUUGGGAAGCCGUAAGUGAUGUCUUCUGGCUGAAACAGGGCCUUGAUCUUCUAUUGGCUAUCUUAGUAGAUAAUGAACCAAUAACACUUGCCCCAAAUUCUGCACGAGUACCACCACUCAUGGCAUCAGGGCCUUUUUCAGACUGUCCUGUGGUACAGCAACAAGUAUCUGAUGCACCAGAUUGUUCUGAUGGGGUUUCCCUCACAUUUGAUACUCUUGUGGCUCGACAUGCUCAAUUCUUGACUGAGAUGAGCAAACUUGAGGUGCAAGAUCUUGUGAUUCCCCUAAGAGAACUAGCCCAUGCAGAUGCUAAUGUUGCAUAUCAUAUGUGGGUGUUAGUCUUCCCAAUAGUCUGGGUUACUUUACAUAAAGAGGAACAAGUUGCACUUGCUAAGCCAAUGAUAUCUCUUUUGUCAAAGGAUUACCACAAAAAGCAGCAGAGUAGCAGACCUAACGUUGUCCAAGCACUACUGGAAGGGCUUCAUUUGAGCCAUCCUCAACCUCGGAUGCCAAGUGAGCUUAUUAAAUAUAUCGGGAAGACUUACAAUGCAUGGCCCAUUGCACUAGCUUUGCUAGAGAGUCAUGUUAUGUUGUUCAUGAAUGAAGCAAAAUGUUGUGAAUCACUAGCUGAGCUCUAUCGACUUCUUAAUGAAGAAGACAUGAGGUGUGGAUUGUGGAAGAGAAGGUCCAUUACUGCAGAAACAAGAGCUGGACUAUCUCUUGUUCAGCAUGGUUACUGGCAGCAUGCUCAAAGCCUCUUUUAUCAAGCAAUGAUCAAGGCAACACAGGGUACUUAUAACAACACAGUUCCGAAGGCUGAAAUGUGUCUUUGGGAGGAACAGUGGCUUCAAUGUGCUAGCCAAUUAAGUCAGUGGGAUGUCUUGGCAGAUUUUGGCAAGAGUGUAGAAAAUUAUGAAGUCCUUCUUGAUUGUCUCUGGAAGGUUCCUGAUUGGGCAUAUUUAAAGGAUAAUGUAAUUCCGAAGACUCAGGUGGAGGAAACACUCAAGUUACAUUUGGUGCAAGCAUUCUCUGGUCUUCACGAUAGGAAUGCCAAUGGUGUUGGGGAAGCUGGAAACAUUGUGGCCAAAGGUGUUCAGCUUGCACUAGAGCAUUGGUGGCAAUUGCCUGAGAUGUCUGUCCAGUCUCGAACACCUCUUCUGCAGCAGUUCCAACAAGUAGUCGAGGUACAAGAAUCUGCAAGGAUACUUCUGGACAUUGCAAAUGGGAACAAACAACCUUCAGGUAAUUCUGGUUCCAAUGUUCAUAAUGUGUUUGCAGAACUGAAGGAUAUCCUUGAGACAUGGAGACUGCGAACUCCUAAUGAAUGGGAUAAUAUGUCUAUCUGGUAUGAUUUACUCCAAUGGAGAAACGAGAUGUACAAUGUUGUGAUAGAUGCGUUUAAGGACUUUGCUCAAAGUAAUCCCCAACUACAUCAUCUUGGCUACCGAGAUAAAGCUUGGAAUGUCAAUAAGCUUGCUCACAUAGCCCGUAAGCAAGGCCUUUAUGAUGUCUGUGUAACAAUCCUGGACAAGAUGUAUGGCCAUUCUACCAUGGAAGUGCAGGAAGCAUUUGUGAAGAUAAGAGAGCAAGCAAAAGCUUAUCUGGAAAUGAAAGGAGAACUGACCAGUGGCCUUAAUUUGAUCAACAAUACUAAUCUUGAAUAUUUUCCUAUAAAACAUAAAGCAGAAAUAUUUCACCUCAAAGGUGACUUCUUACUUAAGAUGAAUGACUGUGAGAAUGCUAACCUUCACUAUUCGAAUGCCAUUAGCCUUUUUAAACAUUUGCCAAAAGGAUGGAUAAGUUGGGGAAACUACUGUGAUAUGAUUUAUAAAGAAACUCGUGAGGAUCUAUGGCUAGAAUAUGCUGUGAGCUGCUUCUUUCAAGGCAUCAAGUUUGGUGUUUCAAACUCCAGGAGUCAUCUAGCUCGAGUUCUUUAUCAUCUUAGCUUUGAUACACCAAAUGAGCCUGUCGGAAAAACAUUGGACAACUAUCUGGACCAGUUGCCUUAUUGGGUUUGGCUUUCUUGGAUACCACAACUACUGCUCUCCUUGCAACGAAGUGAAGCACCACAUUCCAGGCUAGUUCUAUUGAAAAUUGCUCAAGCAUAUCCACAGGCCUUGUAUUACUGGCUCCGCACAUAUCUAAUGGAACGUCGUGAUGUUGCUAAUAAAUCUGAACUGGGUAGAAAUAUAGCAUUGGCUCAGCAGCGCAUACAACAAAGUGUCUCAGGGAAUAAUGCUAGUUCACUUAAUAUGUCUGAUGGAAAUGCAAGAGCCCCCAGCCAUGGUGGAAGUACUUUCACUGCAGAAAAUCAGGUCCAUCAAGGUUCCCACUCAGGUGGUGUUGGUGGUUCCCAUGAUGGGGCAAAUUCUCAAGGACGAGAACCUGAAAGGCCUGCAACAAUUGAAGGGGGGGUUAGUACUGGAUGUGACCAACCUCCACAAAGUACAACUGUCACAGAAGGCAGCCAGAUUGGACCAAGGCGUAAUCCUGGGCUUGGUUGGGUAGCUUCUGCUGCUAGCGCAUUUGACUUUGCAAAGGAAAUAAUGGAGAGUCUAAGAAACAAACAUCCCAAUUUGGCUAGUGAACUUGAGGUUUUACUAUCUGAAAUUGGAUCAAGAUUUGUUACUCUUCCUGAGGAACGACUUUUGGCUGUGGUUAAUGCUUUGCUGCAUCGUUGCUACAAAUAUCCAACAGCCACUACAGGGGAGGUUCCCCCAUCUUUAAAGAAGGAGCUCUCCGGUGUUUGCAAAGCUUGCUUUUCAGCAGAUGCUGUAAACAAGCAUGUUGAUUUUGUAAGAGAAUAUAAACAGGACUUUGAGCGUGAUCUUGACCCAGAGAGCACAGCAACUUUUCCUGCCACACUCUCUGAACUGACGGAACGGUUGAAGCACUGGAAAAAUGUUCUCCAGAGCAAUGUUGAAGAUAGAUUUCCUGCUGUCCUAAAACUUGAAGAAGAGAGUAAAGUAUUGCGUGAUUUUCAUGUUGUUGAUGUGGAAAUUCCAGGGCAGUAUUUUACCGACCAGGAAGUGGCACCUGAUCAUACAAUAAAGUUGGACAGAGUUGGAUCUGAUAUUCCAAUUGUGCGGAGGCAUGGCAGCAGUUUCCGGCGCCUGACACUCAUAGGCUCUGAUGGUUCCCAACGCCAUUUCAUUGUGCAGACAUCAUUGACUCCGAAUGCUAGGAGUGAUGAACGUAUGCUUCAACUCUUUCGUGUACUAAACAAAAUGUUCGAUAAGCACAAGGAAUCAAGGAGGCGUCAUCUAUCUAUCCAUACUCCGAUAAUAAUACCUGUUUGGUCACAGGUACGAAUGGUGGAGGAUGACUUGAUGUAUAGCACAUUUCUUGAGGUCUAUGAGAUCAAUUGCGCACGGCACAAUCGAGAAGCAGAUAUGCCCAUUACCCUAUUCAAGGAACGACUCAAUCAAGCCAUCUCAGGACAGGUCUCGCCUGAAGCAGUACUGGAAUUGCGAUUGCAGGCGUACAAUGAAAUAACAAAAAACAUUGUUAAUGACAACAUUUUCUCCCAGUUCAUGUACAAGACUCUCCCAAGUGGGAAUCAUCUUUGGACUUUCAAGAAACAAUUUGCCAUCCAGCUUGCACUUUCUUGUUUUAUGUCAUACAUACUGCAGAUUGGGGGCAGGUCUCCAAAUAAGAUUCUAUUUGCGAAGAACACUGGGAAGAUAUUCCAAACUGAUUUUCAUCCAGCUUAUGAUGCUAAUGGAAUGAUUGAGUUUAAUGAACCAGUUCCCUUUAGGUUGACUCGGAACAUGCAAGCUUUCUUCUCCCAUUUUGGUGUGGAAGGUCUUAUUGUAUCUGCCAUGUGUGCUGCUGCACAGUCUAUAAUUUCACCCAAGCAAAACGAGCACAUAUGGCAUCAUUUAGCCAUGUUCUUCCGAGACGAGCUGCUAUCUUGGUCAUGGAGAAGGCCACUAGGAAAUCAUUCAGCACCACUAGUUGGUGGGAUCAAUCCUAUGGACUUCCAGCUGAAGGUGACUACUAAUGUCGAUCAUGUCAUAGGCCGUAUUAGAGGAAUUGCACCACAGAGUGUCUCAGAAGAGGAGGACUCCACCGAACUCCCACAGUCGGUUCAACGAGGUGUGACGGAUCUGGUUGAAGCAGCCUUGGCCCCCAGGAGCUUGUGCAUGAUGGACCCUACAUGGCACCCCUGGUUUUAACUGUACGUUCUGAAAAUAAAUUCUCUCAGCUCUGCAGGUGUGGGGAAGGAGAGCGCAUCAUUUCCCUGUAAAUUAUUGUGCAUAGUGAUCAGACGAUGACCCCGAUGAGUAAUAUUACCCAGGUUCAUUUGACCCAUGGUUCUACUGCUAUGCAUUGCCACGUUGUCGGUUGCAUUGUAAUGCAAGUACACAUCAUCAUAUUGCUGAUAUAUGUAAAUAUUUUGAAAGAAUCAACUGAGUUGUUUGGCUGCCGGAGUCUGAUACAAGUAGCAAAUUUGGGAUGCCUUCUUGUC